AAGUGGCAGUUGAAAUGAAUACUAAGGUUGAUGAAGUAAAAUCAAAAUGGAGGGGGCUGCGAGACACAUUUCGAAAGGAAUUCAACAAGUCGAAAAAACAGAAAUCUGGAGAUGGUGCAGAAUCGGUAGUUACCUCCAAAUGGCCAUAUUAUAAAAUACUGUUGUUUUUAUCUAAAACUGUUGAACGACGUAAACUGCAUGGAAAUAUAUCUCCGCAAAAGGAAAACAAUGACAACUCUUCUUCCGAGACAGAAUCGACAUUGGAAGCUGCAGACAAUGCAUACUCUGACACUCAAUCCACCAUUCAAGAGUCAUCACAGCAAAUUGUAAAUACAGAUAUUCACCAGCCAUCCACAUCUGGUAACAAGGUAACAAGUACAUUCAAUACACCUAGUAGUUCAACUUUGCAAAGUAAGAAAAACACAAACAAUCGUCUAAAAUAUGCUAAGAAUUCCGAGACAAAUUCAAUGGACGAAAAGUUCCUCGAAAUAGAAAGAGCCAAAUUGGAAAUAUUGUCUCAACAUAAAAAUAGAGAAGGCGGUGAUAGUGAACACCAAUUCCUACUAAGUCUCCUGCCAUUUUUAAAGGCUGUACCUCACAAUCGACAAAUGUUGGUGAGAAGUAAGUUGCAGCAAGUAUUUCUUGAGGAAGAACAAUUAUCUACAAGACACACGCCCGGAGCAACAUAUCGUUCCAAUGAAACAAUUACAACACCGUUGCCUUCCCCAAUGUUUUACACGGACACCGAUUCCUCCAGAGCGUCAUUCUAUUGUAAUGACUUAACACCACAUCGUUCUUCAUCUUUGAAAAAUACAGUAUCUUCCGGGGUCUCACAAUAUUCAAGUGAAAUAAGAGAAGAUGUUUCCUAUCAACAGCCGUUGUCCAUUCAGAACUAUGUUUCUCACUUCAGCGCAUAAAACAAUGUAUUUCUUUUCUUUGUAUUUUUAAAUAAUAUAAUUCAAAAUGUUGCAACUACUGUAUUUAUAACUUACCUUAUAGUCACACUCAAUCGUUCUUCUGGCGAAAUGGUCUCACGGAAAUUCGACAUUUUUUUUAUUGGUUCCCUUAUGGCAUCUAAAAUAUAGUUAAAUGUAUCCUGAUUCAUGCGAUAGUAAUCAAAAAACUUUUUCUCGUCCUUCUUCAAAUCAUCAUAUAAAUGAUGAAAUUCUCCGAAUUCUUUUCGUUUUACUAAUAUGUCAUUAACCCAACACUUUUUUCUUUUUAAUU